AGUCGUCAAUCGUGUGUACUGUGUACAGUGUUCUUCAGUGUUGAUCGUCAGUAAUCGGAAAUUCGAAAUAAACCAAUAUUGUGACACUUUAAAAAACAUUUUAACAUGUGAGUGAUGAGUUGUACGGAAAAUGAAAGUGGCCCUUUUGUCGUGUUCUUCUUACCAGCGGUCGUUGGGUGCCUGACCAUUCUCCUGGCGAGACGCUGGGCGAACUCCCAAGUUAGCAACACUUCGUCUACUGCCGUCUCUAGACGGCGAAAAAUCAUUAAAGACCCACUAAUCAAGCGGCCUCUGCCGCCGUUAGCCUGUAAAAUGGUGCCACAUGGAUCUAAGAAGGCUAGUGGUGUAAAUAAGAAGGGUUCAGUUCCGGUGCCUGAUGAAGAGAUCAAUGGAGGUGGGAAGCGGUUAGGUCGGCCGGCCCGCCCACAGCCUGCUGUUCCUACAAGCACCAGCACACCAGAGGUUAAACUGGUGGACGGGCCGGUUCAACCCAAACACAUCCCCUUCCCUUAUAUACCGCAGGACGGAAAUCUACUGUUUGAAGCUAUGACAUUUGUGUUCACUCUAGUGGCUACUGGACUUCAGUUCCUGAAUCUGUACAGGACAGCCUGGUGGCUUCCACACUCAUACACAAACCAGGCCAUGAAUUUCUACCUUAUUGACCCUCACCUGGUAGCAUUUAUAGUGACAAUAAUAUUCAGGAAACUGCUCCUCAGCAUAACUAUGGCUAUUCUAAAAUCUGUACUUGUACCAAAGAUGAUGCCACAUGCUACAAUAGCAGCCAGAAUGUUUAUAUUGGGCGUAGUACUAGGCGCUAUGGCUUGGUGUGCAUACUUCAUAAUUCUGAAAUACCCCAUGGUGAAAAUAUUUUACUUGUGCUAUCCGGCCGUCAUAUACUUCAUACUGUUCGGCUUCCACGCUAGUCCAUUUUUGGAGCUGAACAAUGGAGACCCUCCCCUCCACUGCUGUUCCCACGACCCCUCACAGAUACGCACUGAAGUGGAGACGCUGCGACAAGACUUCAAUGUCAGGAUGAAGAAGAUUAUAUUUAAUUCCAUUGUGGGAGCUUAUUACUCCAGUUUCAUACCUUGCUGUUUUGCACAGUCAUACCUGUACUACGACGUGUACGCAGCGUCCCAGCAGACGGCCUUCGUGUGCGCGGGGCUGGUGUCCCGGCACGCCAGCCAGCUGCUGGGCGCCGCCUACUGCGACGUGCCGCACCGCGCCGCGCUGCACCUCGGCCGCUGGGGGCCCGACACCGCCGGCGAAGGAGAGGUGUGUACCUGGUGUCCGCGGCGCGUGUACCCGCGCGGGUCGCGCGUGUCGGCGGCGGCGCGCAGCUUCGUGGCCGUGUCGCCCGCCGUCGCCGCAGACCCCACCUCACUCGUGCAUAGCAGGUUCCAUACGGUGUUCGCGAACCCAUCGCUCCUGCUAUGCGGCAUGCUGUGCUUACAACUAGCCCUCAUCGUGCUACAACUAUGCCUGCUCUUCAGUUCCAUACAAUGGCACAAUUUCCUAGCCAUAGUCAUCCUCCUCUUCAUAAACUACUACACAUUAUUCAAGAUGGUCCGCGACUAUCUUGUAGCGUGGAAGGUCUAUAAGGCAGAGAAUAUGAUACAAGACAAAAAUGGUCCCUUACCUGUCCAAAAUUAAAUUAGGUGUUUAUAAGAAAUUGUGAGAACAUACCCGGCGCACAAAAUUGUCAAAAGAAAUAUGUUUCAUGGAAACUGCUUCGUGGUUGGUGUUUACUUUAGUGAUAUUUGUAAACCUUUUGAUGUACACGUCGUACUUUCAAUUAUGUAAUUAGACCACAUAGAUACUUGUUAAAGUUCUAUAAGUCUAUUAGCGUUGACGAUAAUGAACGAAAAUCUACAUUCCAUUAAAACUAAAUUACAUCAAUCACGAUUCUAGAUGAACUAAUAUCUGUCUUGAUAAUAUCACAUCGUUGAGUCAAUUGUACUUAAUAUUUGUUUAAAACUGCGCUCAUUAUUUUAAGAUUUUGGUUUUUGAACAAAGUAACACUGUUACGUAGCAUCGAAUGUGAAAUUAUAUUUAUAAGACUGACGUUCGAGUCAUUAUUGUUUUGGUCUGGUGUAAGCGAGCUUAGGCCGAUGACGUCACAGUACGGUGAACAUAAAAUUCAGAAUAGUAAGAUAAGUUCUUAACAUCAUUGUGGUUGUUUGCUACAGUCCUUGGUAAUGCAAGCAAUUUGGAACUUUAUAUCUUUCUUAUUAAGGUUUAUUUUGUCAUGUUAAUGUUACCUUAUUGUUCUGAUUUGUUAUUAAAAAUCACCAUUGUACUAAUUAUCAAAAUUAUUUAUUUAAAUAUGACAAGAUUUGACACAAAUAUGUAAACUGAACAAUUACAUCAUACUUGCCAUAAAGAAAAACGUUUUAUUUUUAGUCUUUACUGUAGUGACUUUAUACCCUGGUAAUCUCAUUUUAUCAUAGUCUAGUCAUGGACAUGAAUGUAAGGAAAUUAUAAAAAUAAAAACUUGAAUGAACAG